ACAAUGGACACCGCCGAACCUGGAGAGCGUGCAGAGAGUAGCACGCGCUGGGUCCCACCGGCCGCAGCGCAGCCUCAAAUCAUCCGUGCACAUCAACGAGAUAUUUAUUUCCUCGCGGCAUUUAUGGAACAGUGCGAGACUGUCUUGCGCUCCUUCUUUGGAGUGCGGACGCUCCGCAGGUGGGAGAAGGAGAUCAAUUUGCUUGUUCGGGCCUUCUACCUUUCCCUCACUUUGGGCCGAGGCUUUCAGACUCUAGGAGAAGAAUACACCGACGUAUACCAAGUCAGCGCCCGCUCAGGCCGCUUUCCCACCCAUCGCCUGCGGAUCAUCUCCGUGCUCUUAUCGACCCUGCCAUUCUACCUCGUCGCACGCUUGUCAGCCAGCUUGAAUCCACAGCGUAAUCCUGCUCUCUCUUCCCUCCUAGCGUUGAGCCAGACAGCGACCGCCGUUGCGGCGGAUGUCAACCUUGCGCUGUUCUACUUCCAAGGAAGGUAUUACAGUCUCCUUAAUCGGUUUCUCAGUCUACGACCCCACACGAUGUCCCCUCCCGAACCGGGCAUCCGUCCACCCUCCUACGGGCUGCUCGGGCUUCUCCUCUCCAUGCGGCUUGCCUACCGAGCAUACACCUUUAUUUCCUCCCUCACCCACGCAUCUUCAGCCUCUACUGCUAUAUCCACGGAUUCCAAAUCCAAAUCACCCGGGAAUGCCACUUUCAUCGACGCCAAGCCGGUGACGCUGCUCCUUCACCCUCGGGAUCCGGAGGACAAAGGCCCCGAGCACGCGUACGUUUCCCUCUCCUCCCUCACACCAGAACAACAUUCUGCCCGACGGUGCGUGCUCUGCUUGGAGGAAAGGACGGCAACUGCUGCCACUGCGUGUGGGCAUCUGUUUUGCUGGACUUGUGUGGUGGAUUGGACGAGGGAGAAACCGGAAUGUCCCCUCUGUAGGCAGAAGAUCGACUUGCAGUCCUUGCUGGCGAUAUACAAUUUGUAGCGAGCACCGGAGAGGGACGCAUGGUGAAUGUGGUUGGGUAUGAUACUAAGUAAAUGGGGUGACUUCUCACAUCCAUUGGUGUUGGUAUGCCGACUGGCGCUGAUAUGUGUAGUAGUUGCUAG